AAUAACGGUGGGCUUGCGUAAGCUGCGACACAGCGAGACUCCAGCGAGGCGCCGAGGCGGAGGCGUGCGUGUCGCCCACAAAAUUUUUCCGCACGCUUCUCCAGAAAAUUUUCGGCCUCUUCUUGUCUUCUCCUCUCCCCGUAAUCUCAGGUCAGAAUAAUUCAGAUUUCACCUCGCGCGAAUACGUGUGUGUAUGGAUGAUAUCAAGGAGACAAGGAGAGAGAGGGAGAGUAGCUGAGUAGGCUAGUUUCUUCUCGUCGGCGAAGGCAUCGUUCGGAUUUCACGGCGAGGUCGCCAUGGGAUGCGCGUCGUCGAAGCAGUUCAAGCGGCCGCCGGGGUACGAGGAGCCGGCCGUCCUCGCCGCCCAAACCACCUUGUUCUUGCAGUUACGGUGAACGAGGUGGAGGCGCUGCGCGAGCUGUACAACAAGAUGAGCUAUUCCAUCAUCAAGGACGGCCUCAUCCACAAGGAGGAGUUUCAGCUUGCCUUGUUCAGGAACAGCAGAAAGGCGAAUCUCUUCGCAGACAGGGUGUUUGAUUUGUUUGAUCUGAAGAGAAAUGGGGUAAUCGAAUUUGGGGAGUUUGUACGGUCGCUCAGUGUGUUCCACCCAAAAGCGCCUAAAUCAGAGAAGACUGCGUUUGCAUUCAAGCUCUAUGAUCUAAGAGGGACAGGAUAUAUUGAGAAAGAAGAGCUCAGGGAGAUGGUCUUGGCACUUCUAGAUGAAUCAGACCUACAUCUUUCCGAAUGCGCUGUCGAGGCAAUUGUCGAUAAUACAUUCAGUCAAGCAGACUCAAAUGGAGAUGGCAGGAUAGACCCUGAGGAAUGGGAAGAAUUUGUUAAGGCGAACCCGGCAUCACUAAGGAACAUGUCACUUCCCUAUUUGCAGGACAUUACCAUGGCGUUCCCGAGCUUUGUAAUGCAUUCAGAAGCCCAUGACUGAAAAUACAGAUCCCAUUGGAACGUAUUACAAGCAACCAAAAGUUCUCCAUUGUUGCUGAAGCUCGAGGCAGCUCAAUUUGUUGGAUGCGCCGGAGUUCAGAAGCAGGCUGCAACUGAAAUGCGUUGACCGUCAUCGCAUGAGUGAAUGACGCCAUGAACAACAGAAUGGCAUCUGAUAAUAAGUAUCAGAGUGGCUUUUCUUCUGCUUAUGCGAGGGAUACAGAGGGCCCAGCAGCAAGAUUGUUCAACGAAGCAACACAAGCAAAAUUAAGCACUCUGACCUGCUGAAAUGCCUUCUUUUUUUCCCGUCUUGUAUGUAUAGUUGUGAGUCAGAAGUGACACUGGUGACCAUUGACCUAUAGUUGAAGAGAUGCAGGAGUGUUCAUUUUUCUUCUUGAAAGUGAUUUUGAUGGCCCAAAGCGGCCUAGCAGAA